CACCAAAGAAGAAAGCUACAGAAACUAUUUUGCGGAAGUACAGUUUUUUUUCCUCGAUCAGUCCACUUUGCUCCGUGGCGUUGUUUAGAAUAAUUAUUUUUGAUGCUACUGCUUUUUAGCCCUUACACGGAGAGCUGAAUAUCUUGGUUCUAAAUCAUGUGUACACUGAUGGACGAAAUCCAAAUGGAUUCCACUCGCAAUGUAACACCUGCAAGAGAACAGGCAGAUUGUGAUCAUCAAACAAGAUGCACCAGCGGUGUUCCUGACUUUAUCUGAAUAAUGUGACAUGAACGAACAAAGUAGCUUUUUUUUUAUAGCAGCACUCAGAACAAACGUCCACCUUGUUGUUAAUCUAACUUGCUCAUUAGAGGGGACCUUUUUAACAUUCCUAGAAUAUUGCAUUGGACCUAAUUCUGUCCAGCUUGAGGUAGAUUUACCUGACGUGAAAGGGAAUGCAGAGUCGUUACCCAUAGACCGGAUGCGAGCGUGAUGCCCAGGCGAAGCUUUCCGCUGCAGGGACGGAUGCGCUGGCUGUUCCUGGGGCUCGUCCUGCUGCUGGUCCUCUUCCUCUUUGCUUACUUGCUGGAGUGCACUCCCCCAGCUGACGUCAGCCUGGUCCUGCCUGGCUUGGGAGGGGAGUCCUAUGGGAAGGAGUACUACCAGGCCCUGCUGCAAGAGCAGGAGGAGCACCACCUCAGCCGUGCCGCCAGCCUCAAGCGGCAGAUCGCCCAGCUCAAGCAGGAGCUCCAGCAGAUGAGUGAGAAGCUCAAGGACCUGCAGGACAGGAAGGAAGGCCUCAGGGUCCAGGGACUGGCUGAGACCAAGGACCAGGUGCCUGGGGAUCUCCUCGAAUUCCUCCACUCCCAGAUCGACAAAGCCGAGGUGAACACGGGAGCACGGCUGCCCAGCGAGUACGCCCUGGUCCCCUUUGAGAGCUUCAACUCCGGUAAGGUGUAUCAACUGGAGAUGGGGUUGACCAGGCACCCAGAGGAAAAGCCUGUGCGGAAGGACCGCAGGGACGAGCUGGUGGAGGUCAUUGAGGCGGCCCUGGACGUCAUAAACAACCCAGACGAGGAGGAUGGCCAGGAGGAUGAUGUGCCCAUGCAGAGGCAGGCGUACACUGAGAGCCACUUUACUGAGGGGCUGUACAGAACAGAACGGGACAAAGGCACACUCUACGAGCUCUUCUUUGCAAAAGAGGACUCCGACAAUUUCCGCCACGUUACUCUUUUCCGUCCAUUCGGUCCUUUAAUGAAAGUCAGGAGCACAUCCGUAGAAACGUCCGGAGUCGUCAUCAAUAUCAUUGUACCAUUGGCGGGCAGAACAGAUGCAUUCUCACAGUUCCUACACAACUUCAGGGAAGUUUGCAUAAAACAUGAUAGGGAAGUGCAUCUUACGGUGGUCUACUUUGGACAAGAGGGCUUACGAGAGGUGAAGUCUUAUUUGGAAAAAAUGUCCAGGGAGGAGACUUUUUCCAACUACACCCUCAUCCCAGUGGACGAGGAGUUUUCCAGGGGCAGGGGUCUGGACAUCGGAGCCCGCGCCUGGAAGAAGGGUGACGUGUUGAUGUUCUUCUGUGAUGUGGAUAUCUACUUCACACGGGACUAUCUCAACACCUGCCUCCUUCACACCGCUCCAAACAAGAGAGUAUUUUAUCCAGUGGUUUUCAGUUUGUAUAAUCCUGCCAUAGUCUAUGGAAAUCUGGAGCUGGCUCCCCCCAUUGAAAGUCAACUUAUUCACAAGAAAGAUGCUGGAUUCUGGAGAGAUUUUGGCUUUGGAAUGACAUGUCAAUAUCGCUCAGACUUCCUUAAUAUCGGAGGUUUUGACCUGGACGUGAAAGGUUGGGGUGUGGAAGAUGUCCACUUGUACAGGAAGUACCUGCGGAGCGACCUGAUUGUGACGCGUACACCAGUAUCUGGCCUCUUCCACCUGUGGCACGAGAAGCAGUGUGCAGACGAGCUGACUCCAGAACAGUAUCGCAUGUGCAUCCAGUCCAAAGCCAUGAAUGAGGCGUCCCACUCCCACCUGGGCAUGCUGGUGUUCCGCGAGGAGAUCGAGAAUCACCUCCGCAAGCAGGCCUAUAAGACCCAGGGCAAAACUGAAGACUGAAUUAUGCCUUUUCGAUAGGCGGCCAUCUUAGGUACUCUGCAUCAGAACUCCUUGCUUUUUAAUUAUUAUUUUUUUACAAAUACAAGAACUGAGUUGCACAUGCUGUUACUAACAUGACUAAAAUGCACUAUACAGAAGACAUGUUUGCACAAAAUCCUGUUACAUUUCACAGAUUAGCUAAAGACACGCUUGGGAAUGUACAAAAAUGUACGUUAGUAAACGUGAAGCGUCAACUUAAACAAGACUGAGAAUGACACCACCUGCGUCAACACAAAAAGACUGAUGGAACAUAUUUGAAGUUGGGGAAAUUUGCAUGACCUAUCAAGUUACGGCAAUGUUCUUGCCUGUGAGAUCAAGCAAUCAAUGGGCAGUGUUCUUUUAAAAAAUGUAUCCCUACAAUAACUCUGUCUGUGAGAUAAAGCAAUCAAUGGACAGUGUUCUUUUUAAAAAAUGUAUCCCAAUGAUAACUAUACUGCCAUAGUUUUUAAUGUCAAGAUUGAUUUAAAGUUGUACAGUGAUUUAAAAAAAGGGACCUUUGUUUGAAUAGGCUUUGUUGAAAGGGGAAAUAAACACUGCCUCUGAUUUAUCAGCA